AUGGUACUGUCCGUCUUUCCAUUCCUGUUGCCGGCCGAGUUUGAGAGCGCGUGUCGAGAUCUGGCCGAUCGCUGCACUUCAGCCCAAAGUGCCGGGGGUUGGUUCAUUCGACUUGUCACACAGGAGGCGCUGGUUCGUACCGGUCUCAACCCAAAAUUACAGGUAGAUUAUGAUAUUGUGCUUUCCCCCACAUAUCAGGUCCCUGUGUUGUAUUUUGCACUGCGAUGGCACCAUUAUGAUGGCCCGGUGGGGUUGGAUGCCGUCUAUCGUUAUGUGGUCCCGGAGCAAUACCAAAGAGAAUUGAAGAGUGUGGGAAUCAUGGGUGGGAUCAGCUUUGGUUAUCAUCCAGAGUCGGGCUCUCCGGCCUUCUUUGUUCACCCGUGCAACACAGCCGACGCCAUGGCGCAGGUGACAGACGCUCGGAGCGCUACUGCUGGGACGUAUCUUCUCAUCUGGCUCGGCCUCGUAGGUCAUUGUGUGAACCUGCACAUCUCACGCGAGCUGGUGACCUCUGAUAGUGCCGGACUAUCCUGA